GGCCAGCAGUGAGUGCACACACAGGGGGGAGGCUGGGCUGGACAAGGGCCGGGGCAGAAACGCGGGCCCCUGGGCGUGGGUGCUCACCCUGCAUCGAGGCCCUGGCUGUGAGCGCCUUGAGCAGGGCACGCUGCUGCUGCCACCGGGCCUGGGCGCAGGCCUUGCUGCCUCCCAGCUGCGUCGUCCCCUCUCCUGCCUGUCGCCAGCUCCCUGCGGCUCCUGUCCCCUCUCCCCCCGCCACCAGCUCCCUAUCUCCCUCCCUUCCUUUCCACCCCUCCCAGCCCCUCUGAAUUCCUUCUCUCUCCUGCAGGCCAUGGCUGUCACAAGAUUCCUUCUCUGGAUUCUGCAAGAGCUCAUCCUGAAUGCGCAUCUUGUCAGUGAUGAGCUGGAUGAACCCACACGUGACCGCAUGCAGCAGCGUGCAGAUAUGCUGAGCCAGGAGAUGGCUCGCCUGCUGCAGGAGCUGGAGCAGAAGAUCCUGGAGCAGAAGAUCCAGGCGCAGAAGAGCAAGGAGCAGAGUCAUGCGGCCUGGAGAGCCCUGCUGUUUGCUGCCUUGCGGCACUGGCAAUUUUGGGUGGUUGUUGGCAUCCUGCUCCUCCUGAUUGUCGGGCUCUGCUGGUUCCUCAGGAAAAGGAGCCAUGAGGUGGGCAACAGCAGUGAAGAGGGCAGCUCCAACAGCAGCAGUAGAGACGAGGAAGAGUGGGACGAGCAGAACGAAGAGGAAGAAGACACUGAUGGUGCAAGUGACCUGGCAAGGCAUUUUGAGGAGCACAUACAAUGGCCUAAACAGAACCUGGUCACAAAGCGUGAAUCUGUGAAGGACCUUGUGGAUGACUUGAUCCUUAUUGCCAGAGAAGUCGCGUCAGAUAGUUCCUUCCCAGUGCUGCAACCAGGCUUUAGCAUAGGCAGCGCAAACGAAGGCUGGAGUCCCGGUGAAGGAAACAUCAUCUACCGAGUGCUUGUGCCCAUGAGGCCCCCCUCUGGGCACACCUUUCUCCUGGAGCUCUGCAAUCCGGGGGAGAUGCCAGAGAGGAACUUCCGCAUCCGCGUGGAGCUGGAGUGUACAUGCACGACAGAGCAGGUGGCGGGGGACAUGCUGUGCUUCCUCCACCACCCUGAGGAGGAGCUGAGGAGGAAUCAGGGCCCCAGCCUCCUACACACGCUCUGCACCGGCUCCUACCUAGAUGUGCAGAAAACUGCUUGCAGGUUUCAUCUUCUGGUGAAAGCAUCCUGGGUGCUUUUGCCUCAUUCACACCAGUGGCGUUUAAUUAUGCUGCCCUCCAGCCGCUCCUGCAAAUUCAAGGUGGAGAGAGCAAUGGAGGAAGUCAUCAUUGAAAUUGUGUUUGGCGUGCAGCAAGGCAACUCGGACAUCUUCGUGAGCAGCCAGGCUAGUGAGGCUAUCUUCAGCCCAAGCACAACCUGGACAUUGAGCUGUGCUGUGGCAGAGGCAAAGUUCUUUGAGCUGAUGGCCAGGCAGGCCCCACAUGACAGCUUCCACCUCAGAUGCCUGCAGCUCUGCACCCGCAUACUGGUGGGCACAGGCUUUUCCAGCUAUACCUUGAAGACGGUGGUGAUGCACCUCCUGACCACCACACCCCUCUCAGGCUGGCGCAGCAGGCAUUUCCUACUGCGGCUGGAUGACAUCAUGCGGUACCUGUGCCGCUGCUUGGAGGAGAAACGCCUCGACCACUUCUUCUAUGGUAAUGAGAAGAUUCCUGAGGAGAUUGUCUUGCCCCCAGCCUUGCAAAGGGCGGAGCCACUCAACCUCUUCCAGCAUCUGGUGCAGGAUCCGGCUGCCCAAGCUGAGGCAAUGAGGGAGUUCAUGGACCUGCAAGAUCGCCUCACCAGAGUGCUGACCUACGGCCACUGA